AUUUGGGAUGACGGUUUGGCAAGGGUGGCUAAAGCAUGGGCAGAAACAUGCCAAUUUAAACACAACACCUGUUUACAAAUGCCAUUUGAUUGCAGUGAAGAUUAUCAGUUUCUUGGAGAAAAUAUCUGGUUAGGUGCAUUAAAAAUAUUUUCACCAAGGGAUGCUAUUGUUGCUUGGUAUAAUGAAACAGAGUUUUAUAAUUAUGAUACUCUAUCAUGUACUAAAGUUUGUGGCCAUUACACACAGAGGAAAUUUUCGAAAUCAACACCCCUACAAAACAGGAGCUCCUUGUUCUCUGUGUGAAGAAAAAGAGGAAUGUGUAAAGAAGCUCUGCCGAAUUCCACAAAUUGUUAUGCCUGAAAUUAUCAAUACCAAUACCAAUACCAAUACCAAUACAAAUACCAAUACCAAUACCAAUACAAAUACCAAUACCAAUACCAAUACAAAUACCAUUCGUCCAAAUGAAACCCCAGCGGCCAGAGCACCUCAGGCUAUGGCAUGUAAUCUAGUGAGCCUCAGCUUUCUUCUCCAGAGAAUCUUCUAAUAUGUCAAUAAAGGAAAAAUUUAUGACCAAAUGUCACUCUUCAUCAAUUUAAUUCUCUAUUAAAGCUUCUAUACUCUUGUA